ACAUAACAGAGUGUCCCUAAGGUUUGUUAAAGACAGAAAAAAAAGACUUUGGUUAAAAACUAAUCAUGUCUCUGGGAAAUGUCGAGGCAUAAAACAUUAGAGCACAACGUCCUUUUUAAUACUACAUGAACUAUAAUAAUAUGAUGCAGAAGUGCCUGGUGAUGUCAUCGCCUUUAUUUGGGUAAGCAGGCGUGACUUGUGACCUUUCCCCUUUGACCCGAUUUCUAUGCCUGACCUGACACGACCAGGAAGAGGACCAGAGAGAGACAAGAAAGUGAGAGUAUUAUCGGUAUGUCCCAGACAUAUUAAGCCAUGGCUGUUGGACCGGUGGUGGUUGCGGUGGCAUUGGUGCUGUUGACUCCUGUCGUCUACCUGGUCAUAUCAUUCCUGAGGGUCUUAGUCUGGUCACGGAGAACUGCAAAGGUGUUAGAACAGUUUCCUGGACCACCCAAACACUGGUUGUACGGAAACUUACACCAGUAUGACCUGCCAAAGCAGAAGGGACUGUUCCAGGCUCUGGAGUUUGCUGAAAAGUAUGGCAAGGCUUUCCGCCUGUGGUGGGGACCAGUUAGACCAUGUCUGACAGUAGUACAUCCUGACACUGCUAAACAGAUACUCAGAAAGUCAGAUCCCAAGCCAGGAGGUGCAGGAUAUGACCUGAUCAUCCCAUGGUUAGGUGAUGGGCUAGUACUGUCUAAGGGUGCUCACUGGUCACGUGACCGGCGACUGCUGACUCCAGCCUUCCACUUCGAGGUGUUGAAGCCGUAUGUUGCUGUGUAUAACAAGGGUGCUGAUAUCUUACUGGAAAAACUGGAGAAAUGCGCCAAGUCUGGAGAAAGUUUUGAGAGCUUCAGUGUCCUGAGUCUGUGUACGCUGGACAUCAUCCUCAGAUGUGCUUUCUCUUACCAAGAUGACAUACAGACCAAGGGGAGACCGUAUCUGUACCCAGACUUUAUUUUCUACCUGACUAAGGAGGGACGAGACUUUAAGAAGCUCUGUGCAUACGUGCAUCAACUGGCGGAUGACAUCAUCGCCAAGAGAAGAGAAACCCUGGAGGGUUCUAAAGAAGCUGGGAGCAAGGAAAUGGCUGAAUCCGGAAGAAAACAUCUGGAUUUCCUGGACAUUCUUCUACAUGCUCAAGACGAGGAUGGAAACACCUUAAGCGAUGUUGAAAUAAGAAAUCAAGUCAACACUUUCAUGUUUGCAGGCCAUGACACGACGGCCAGCACCACCUCCUGGGUCCUGUACUCCCUCGCGACCCACCCUGAACACCAGGAGAGGGUGUACCAGGAAGUACAGGGCAUUCUGGGAGGAAGAGAACCGGCUUGUCUGGAAUGGGAGGACUUACCCAAACUGAAGUAUUUAACACUGUGUAUCAAGGAAGCCAUGAGACUCCACUGUCCCAUCCCGAUUAUUGGCAGACAGAUCUCAGCUCCCAUAGAAGUGGAGGGAAAGGUCCUCCCAGAGGGGACUAUUGUUGAUGUGAACAUAUGGAACAUUCACCACAAUCCAGAUGUGUGGGGGGACAACCACAUGGAGUAUGACCCAAGCCGGUUCUUACCAGAAAACAUGAAGGAGAAAGACCCCUAUGCCUUCAUCCCAUUCUCUGCUGGACCAAGAAACUGCAUCGGGCAGAACUUUGCUAUGAAUGAAGAGAAAGUCUUGGUAUCCAGAAUCAUCCACAAGUUCAAGUUGGAGGUCGUUCCUGACCACCCAGUAGAGAAGUUGGCAGAAAUCGUCAUGAAGGCCAAGAACGGAAUCCAGCUCAAGGUCAUCCCAAGGGCAUAAUGGCGGACAGGGGGAACAGAAAACUCUCAUGUGGUGGUUAAGAGUUGCUACUAUGUAACUAAGUAACAGGCACUUCACCAGCAGACAGUAUUGAUCCAAAUGUUGCUUUUUCUCAAAAGAAUUUCUG